AGGUAUAAAAGGUCAUUGUUUACACUGGCGAAAAUUGCUGAAUCUUGUUUUUCAGUUGAAAACAAGUUAAAUAACCAUUGUAUUUGGUAUUUCUGUUCAGCAGACCCUUGAAUUUUUAACCAUGGACGAUGACAAGCCAGAUUUACCAGCUGUCACGGUUGCAUCAAAAGUCCACUUCUCAGAACUUUGUGGAUUGCUGGAGAAAAUUUCAAAAACUCAAGGAAAUGAUAAGAAAAAGAGAAUUCUUAAAGAUUUCAUUGAUCAGUGGAGAAAAUCCCACCAAGUACUGCAUGGAUCAGACAAAACCACAGCAGAUUCAUUUUAUCCUGGUAUGAGGUUGCUGUUACCACAUUUAGAGAAAGAGAGAGUUGCCUAUGGUAUCAAAGAGCAUAUGUUUGCCAAAUUGUUGAUAGAGGUGUUGUGUUUGGGAAAAGACAGUCCAGAUGCCCACAGACUUCUCAACUACAAAGCUCCAAGGACUGCUAAAGCUGAUGUUGGGGACUUCGCUAGUGUUGUUUAUUUUGUGUUACAAAACCGAUGUCCAAGUCGUGGGACCCUGUUUAUCCAGGAAGUGAACGACUGUCUUGAUGGUAUAGCAACAAACAAUGCGGCAAAGAAAAAAGAUGCUGUACGGAAACACAUUGUAAAACUGAUUACAAACAUGUCUGCUCUAGAACUGAAGUGGCUCACUAGAAUGAUUGUCAAGGAGCUGAAGAUAGGACUGAGUCAGUCAUCAGUAUUGUCUGUAUUCCAUCCUGAUGCUGAAGAAUUCUACAAUGUUAACAACAAUUUGGAAAAGGUUUGCAGAAUGAUGCAUGACCCCUCAGUGAGAAUCCAUGAGAUUGGUAUAUCCGUGUUCUCACCCUUCACACCAAUGCUUGGUGAGAGAGCUUCACCUGAUAAGGUUGAGAAAUUAAUGGAAGGGAAGCCCUAUUAUAUUGAAACUAAAUACGAUGGUGAAAGAAUGUUGUUACAUAAGGAUGGUUGUGAAUACAAGUUUUUCUCUAGAAGUGGCAAUGAAUACACUGGUAUAUUUGGAUCUAAUCAGUUUGAUGGCACCCUGACACAGUAUAUACAUGACCUCUUCAAGCCAGACAUCAAGACAUGUAUCCUGGAUGGUGAAAUGAUCUUGUAUCAUCCAGAGACACAAACCUAUGCAACCAAAGCAAUGAACACAGAUGUGAAAUCCUCCAAUAAAGACGGUUUUCAGCCGUGUCUACAUGUGUUUGAUAUUCUGUUUCACAAUGAUAAAGUUUUAACCAACCUUCCCCUGAAGGAAAGGGUGAAAUACCUCGAGAAAACCUUCAACACUCAGGAGGGCAGACUUAUUAUCAGUGAACACAAGGAAGCUAAAACCAACCAGGACUGUGCCGAUGCCCUGAAUGAAGCUAUAGAUGGUCGAGAGGAAGGUAUCAUGGUUAAGAACCCGGAGUCAGUAUAUAGACCUAAUACCAGGAAAGGGGGAUGGUUCAAGGUUAAACCGGAGUAUGUUGGAGGUUUAAUGGAUGAGUUAGAUGUAUUGGUUGUGGGAGGAUAUUUUGGUGUAGGACACAGAGCAGGUAUGAUGUCUCACUUCCUGUGUGCUGUAGCUGUACCACCAAAAGAAGGAAAUCAACCGGAACUAUUCUACUCAUUCUGCAAGAUAGGAUCAGGUUAUUCCAAGAAAGAGCUCCAAGACUUCAAUGCUAAGCUGGUAGAUCAUUGGCAAGCAUUUGACAAGAAAAAUCCACCUAAGUGUAUAGAGCUAGCAUCUGGCUUCAAAGAGAAACCAGAUGCAUGGAUAGAACCUAGCAAGUCAGCCAUAGUACAGAUCAAAGCAGCUGAGAUUAUUGACAGUGACAGAUUCCGUACAGGUUUUACAUUACGAUUUCCGAGAGUAGAAAAGUUCCGAGAUGACAAGGAGUGGUAUGACUGUAUGACUGUGGAGGAGGUUGAACAACUCAAACAGAAAUCAGGAGGAAAGUUGACAGGAGGUUAUGUGGAACUUGGGGAAGAACAAGAACCUGCUAAAAAGAAGAGAAAGAUUGUAUCUCGCGCAGUGAGGCCCACCUUGGGUAGUCAAUUCAGGGCUGCUGACACUUCUUCUGUACAACAGGUUUCAAAGCUGCUAGAAGGCAGGGAGAUAUGUGUAAUAAAUGGACCAUCCUCUUGUUCAAAACAAGAAUUGGAAAAGAAAAUUGUAGAACAUGGUGGAACUGUAGUACAAAACCCAGGUAUUGACACAUAUUGUGUAGUGGUGGAGAAGAUUGUAUUCAGGGUAAACAACAUGAUUAAAACCAACCAUUAUGAUAUUGUAAAAGCUGAAUGGUUAAUAAGAUGCCUAGAUGCCAAAACAUUGACACCUUGGUCACCAGGAGAUAUGAUAAAUGUUUCUGAGAAAACCAUGAAGUUAUUUCAGCAAGAUUUUGAUGAGUAUGGUGACAGUUAUAUAGAGGAAACUACACCAGAUAGACUAGCUGAAGUCCUCGCCAAAGUAGAACAUGACCCUGAUGAUAAGCUCAGUAACACAGAGAUAGCAGAACUUGAAGAUAAAUAUUUCCCCGAUGAAUCACCAUAUGGUCUUUUGAGAACUUGCAAAAUCUACCUCGACAAUAAUUUAGUACUAGGUGAUAAGUCUACACAUAUCAAAGAUAGCAGUUUGGAUUUAUUAGCGCUAGAGUUACGUUUCUUUGGAGCAGAGAUAUCGAAUAAACUCACAUCAGACAUCUCACACGUCAUGGUCGAUGAAAGUGAUCUCAGUCGGCUGGCAGAGUUGAAGAAAGAGCGUAGAACUAGACACAAGAAGUUCCACAUUGUCACACCAGCUUGGGUCAAACAGUGUAUGGAAGAAGGCUCAGUCAUCAAUGAACGUGCAUUUGAACCCGUUGUUCCAUCCUGAAACACUUGAAGAAGAUACUCUAUCACAACACAAAAGCAGAUUUUGUAGAAGAAGUAGUGCAAUUUGAUGACAUACAUUUCAAAUGUUGAUUGACAAACUAUUGUUACAUGUUGAUUACCGAUCGGUAUAACUCUAAUACUGUUAUCUGUUAGUGUUGUUUCUACAAAUUUACUAAAAACCUAUACCAUAUCAAAGAAAAAGGCAAUGAAAAGCCUAUAUUCAAGGCACAUUAUUCAUUUCUAAGGGACCAGAUUUCUAUAUGGAAGCUUAAAUGCUUUCCCUCCGAUUCAGUCUUACUUGAUCAAUUUGUUUAACUUUACAUCAAGUAGUGGAAUAACUUAUUCCAUGAAUAGUUUUACUUUAAAAAUUUCUUCUUUGUUUAAAAUAGAGAUACAUUAAAAAUUUCAAGUAUGCAGUUAUUAAAGCCAAAAGGACUUUGACCACUGGAAAACAAGUAUGUUACCUAAUAUACUCCUUACCAAGCAGUCAAAACAAGCAAGAAACAAUUUUGCAAGGAUUAUAAUUGAUGUUAGAGUUUAGGAACACACAAGUUUCACCUGAAUCAUGCCUACAUGGUUUCAUAACAUUGUAUUGUGAUCAUUUGUCACAUAUGUUAAUAUGCCAUGUGCCAUUCUAUUUAUUUAUAUCAUAAUAAAUCAUCUGAAGUUUU